CACACACACACACACACAAACACAAACACACACACACACACAGAUAAGUAACCAGAGUAGUCUUUGCCCUCUGAGAUGGUUAAUCAUUCAGUACAAGUCGAGGCGUUGGACGAGUUUAAGAGUUAAAGCUCAGAGAGGAUUCCUCCAUCACCGGCGGGGCAACAUGGCCACCGAGCAGCCCGAGGACGUCUCCGCGGACGUCUCCGGGGACGCGAGCCACGAGAGCAGGGGACUCGUGGACAGGAUCAGGAAAUUCAACCCAAAGGAAGUCUUCACCUGGCAGGUUGCCAAGACGUUGGCCAUGGGUCAGGGCCUGGCCGCGCUCAUCUGCGGGACGGCCAUCAGCUCCCAGUACCUGGCGACAGUCUUCCAGGUGAACACGCCCAUGAUGCAGAGCUUCUUUAACUACACCCUGCUGUGUGCCACCUACACCCCCAUGCUGCUCUGCAGAACAGGGGAUGACAAUAUUUUACAGAUUCUGAAGAAGCGAGGGUGGAAGUACCUUCUGCUGGGGCUGGUGGACGUGGAGGCCAACUACGCUGUGGUGAAGGCAUACCAAUACACCACCCUCACCAGUAUACAGUUUGUCUCCUCAGCCUCCAACAUCCUGUUAGGCGACGGUCUGGUGCUGCUCAGCGCGUCGCUGUACGCGGUGUCUAACGUGUGUCAGGAAUACACAGUGAAGAACCUCAGCAGGGUGGAGUUCCUGGGCAUGGUCGGCCUUGUCGGCACGAUCAUCUGCACCAUACAGAUGGUGAUCCUGGAGCGUCAUGAAGUGUCCACCAUCCAAUGGAGCUGGCAAAUCGGGCUCCUGUUCUCCGCCUACGCGCUGUGUAUGUACGCCCUGUACAGCUGCAUGCCCGUAGUGGUGAAGCUGAGCAGCGCCACCUCCGUCAACCUCUCCCUGCUCACCGCUGACCUCUUCAGCCUCUUCUGUGGGAUCUUCCUCUUCCAGUACAAUUUCUCGGGACUCUACCUGGUCUCGCUGGUGGUGGUCCUCAUCGGCUUCAUCGCCUUCAACGCCGUGCCAACGCCCACCGACCACGCAGGCCCCCCCACCUCCACCCCCACCUGCGAGGAAGGUUGUGACAACCCUGCGGAAGACCACGUGGACGACGUCACACCCAAGGAAGUGGUGGUGUUCAUCAUCAGUGAGGAGGAGCGGCGGGGGGGCGGGGGGAGGGAGGAGGAAGAGGAGGAGAAGAAGAGGACAAAGGCAAAGAAGACGAGAGCUUCCGGGCCUCCAACGAGGGAAUGAUGAGGAGGAUGUUGCACACAGCACUAAAAUGUUAAGUACAGCAAGACAGCAUGU